AUUAAAUACUGCUAAUACUUAUCCAAUGCCAUCGUAUUACUUACGCUUGGUAUGGCUUGCUUGCUUCCCUCUACCUCUUUUCCUUCCCCCAAUUUUCCUAGUAGCCAUGAAGCAGGACAGCAUGAUGUUUUCUUGAGCUUUAGAGGCAUAGAUACGCGGAACAAUUUCACAAGCCAUCUUUAUAGAUCCUUGCAGCAAAAAGGAAUUCAAACUUUCAUUGACAAUGAAGAGCUGAGGAGGGGAGAAGAAAUUUCAACCUCACUUAUCAUGGCUAUCAAAGAAUCAAAGAUAUCAAUCAUCAUCUUCUCCAAAAAUUAUGCAUCUUCGUCGUGGUGUUUGGAUGAACUAGUGGAGAUCUUUAAAUGUCGAGAAUCACUUCAACAACUGGUUUGGCCAAUAUUUUUAUAUGUGGAUCCUUCUGAUGUAAGAAAUCACAGGGGCAGUUUUGGAGAAGCAUUAGCUCAAUAUGAAGAAAGUUCCGAUAAGAAGAAGAAGGAAAAGCUGCCCGAGUGGAAGAUUGCUUUGAAUAAAGCUGCCAAUUUAUCUGGAUGGCAUUUAGACAAUGGAAUUGUUGAAGCGGCACUGAGCAAAUUGAAUCGUACACUUCUACAUGUUGCCAAAUAUCCUGUUGGAAUUGAAUCCCAUCUACAUGAGUUGGCUUCAUUAAUAAAUGCUGGAGAGAAGGAUGUGCGAUUCAUAGGCAUCCAUGGACUUCGUGGGAUAGGAAAAACAACAAUUGCUAAAGCUGCUUUCAAUAGUUUUGCUGAUGAAUUUGAAGUUUCCAGCUUCCUUGCAGAUGUUAGAGAAACAACCAAGCAACAUUUCGGUUUUGUUCAGCUGCAAGAACUGUUUUUGUUUGACAUGCUUGGGGAUAAAAAUUUGAAGGUUGGGAAUAUCCAGAGAGGUAUCAACAUCAUAAAGGAAAGGCUUUGCAACAAACGAGUACUUCUCUUUCAUGACGAUGUUGAUGAACUAGACCAGUUGGAUACAUUAGCAGGUGGCCAUGAGUGGUUUGGCUUAGGAAGUAGAAUCAUCAUAACUACCAAAAACAAACACUUGCUAGCCACUCAUGGAGUUAAUCUAAUAUAUGAAGUCCGGGGAAUGGAUCAUGAGAGAGCUCUUGAGCUCUUAAGUUGGAAUGCUUUUAAGAGGGAGAAACCGAUAGAAACUUACCUUGCGCUCUCAGAUCGUGUUGUAUGUUACGCUGAUGGCCUUCCAUUAGCUCUUGUGGUAUUGGGUUCCUUCCUAUGUUGUAGGACAAAAGAACAAUGGCAAAGUGCAAUACAUAAUUUGGAAAAGAAGCCGGACAAGAAAAUAUAUCAAGUACUUAAAAUAAGUUAUGAUGCUUUACAGGACAAUGAGAAGAGUCUUUUCCUUGAUAUUGCAUGUUUCUUUGUUGGAGAGGAUAAAGAUUAUGUUAUUAAAGUACUUGGAAGUAGUAAUUUCUGCCCGAUCAUUGGAAUUAAAGUUCUUACAGACAUGUCUCUCAUAAAUGUAGAGUCCAAUAGGCUAGGAAUGCAUCAAUUGAUAGAAGAAGUGGGUAAGGAAGUUGUCUGCCAGGAAUCCCCUAAAGCUGGCAAACGCAGUAGAUUAUGGUCUUCAGAUGAUAUUUUUCACGUUUUCUCCGAAAACACUAUAAGACUCUUCUACAAGCUCGGAACAAAUACACUUGAAGGAAUUAUGCUGAAGUUGCCUGAACAGAGAACUCUAUACUUGAAUGCUACAUCAUUCUUAAAAAUGAAAAGGCUUCAACUACUUAUAUUUGCUAAUGUAGUCCUUUCUGGUGCCAUUGAGUACCUUCCUAAUGAGUUAAGGCUAAUUGAUGUGCCGGGAUACCAGUUUCCCACAUUGUCCUUCAAUUCUGGUCCAAAACAACUUGCUAUACUCAACAUGCCUUAUAGCCAUAUCCAUCAACUUGACAAAGGAUUCAAGAAUUUUGAAAGAUUGAAAGUUUUGAAAUUAAGUUACUCGAAAUUCUUAAGAAAAUUUCCUGACCUAUCAACGGCGCCCAAUGUUGAGAGCUUAUAUGUUGAUAAUUGUACAAGUUUAGUUGAGAUUAAUGAGUCCGUUGGAUUUCUUAAUAAGUUGGUUACAUUAGAUGCUCAAUGCUGCAGCAAUCUCAGGACUGUUCCAAGUAAUCUGGUGUCCAAAUAUUUUAGAACAUUAAAUUUUGAAGGCUGCUCGAAACUCCAAAUGUUUCCCAACAUCGUUGAGAAAAUUGAAUUGAUAACAAGCCUAGAUUUAUCAAGCACAGCGAUAAAACAGUUGCCUUCCUCAAUUGAUCAUUUGGUUGCGCUCAGUAAGUUACGCUUAUCUGCUUGUAAAAAGCUUGUGAACAUUCCGUCUACCAUUUAUAAGCUAGUGUUUCUUGAUGUCCAUGAUCUUAGUGGCUGCAAAAAUUUCUCUACGUUCCCAAACUACGACCAAGAAAUACAUGGCAAUUUUGAGCUCAGAAGGUUAAAUCUUAGUAACUAUAAUAUAUCAAAUGUGGGUUUUCUUGGAACUCCUUUUAGUUUUCCCUUACUUGAAUUGUUGGAUCUAUCUGGUAACAAGUUUGUUAGUCUUCCCUCCAUUAGCAAGCUUUCUAAGCUUUCAGAGCUUAGUUUAGCUAAUUGUCAACAACUUCGGGAAAUUCCAGAGCUUCCAGGAUGUCAAAUUAAUAUAAAAGCAAGCCACUACAAGUCAUUGGUUGAGACUCCAUGGGAGAUAAUGGCGAAGAUCAUUUCCAAUGACACAGGCAGUCUCUGUCCCUCUCGCUCUCUCUCUUUUAGCCAUAAGUCUGCAACGGAAACCGUAACCUUUAAUGUUCCUUCAAAUAUGUCAACGAAAAUAGCUGCAGUGAUCAUUUGUGCUGUCUCUAGAUCAAGGAGAAAACAAAAAAUGGAAUUGUCAUUUCAACUACUUGAUGAAAGUGAUUCUCAUGUGGGGUCCCUAAGAAGAGGGAACAUUUUGGUAGAACCAGGGAAUAUGUUGCUUAUUUAUCUCCCUGGUAGCACCCUUCUUUCCGAGUGCUUGCCAUAUUCUCCAUUCAAGGAUACCAAAAUUAGUGUUAUUGAAAGAGUACAACAUAUUAAAAAAAUCAAGGUUCAGAGCACGACGAUGUCUACUGCUUGUGGGAUUCACAUACUAUGGGAUGGAGAUGAGAUCAUGAUUGAAGGAAAGCCGAUCAAAGUCUCUGACUCUAUUUCACAUAUUAUCGACAGAACCUUUGAUGAUUUUGCUAAUGGAGGCAUGCAAUUCAGUUGGAGUUCAAGGCAGAGGCAGAAAAGGGAAGUAUCUGCCAGUACCAACAUAUUUGAAACAGAGGAAUUGGAAGAAGAAGAGGAACUGGACGACAUCCAUCAAAACAGAGGACAUGGGAGAAGAAAAGGCUGCGAAGAUUAUGUCGAUUGGCUUCAAUGCCUACUCACUAGAGCAUUUCUAAAAGCGUUGAGCCACCGACACUAACUUGUAUAAAUAGGUGAAAGGAUGGGUCCUUUUUGUGUCGUGUCAAAUAACAAUAACAAAAGGGAGAGUGGGUGAUUACAUGAGUGUAAGUGUGUGUCUUUUAUUAAGUAUGCCUUGUCGCUAUAUUUUCAAGAUGGCUAUUGAUAAUUGUG